AUGGCAGCAAUAACAGCUACACCAUAUCAUCAUUAUUCACUGUUCGGUAGUACUCCGCUUACAAUGGAAGAUUACAUGUCAGGGGUAUCAUGCGCCUUACUGGAUGUGGAGGAAAUGUUGAUACAGCAGCGUGGAGCGAGAGAGGCCCCAUUUUCGGGAAUGGACAAAAGUGGCCGUGGUGUAUGUAUACGUAAUGAGCAAGGUACAUGUACAAUGGGAGCUGUUUGCCCACUGAGGCAUAUUGUUGGAGAUAAGGCUGUAGUAUGUAAACACUGGUUGCGUGGGUUAUGUAAAAAAGGUGAUCAAUGCGAAUUUUUGCACGAAUACGAUUUAAGUAAAAUGCCGGAAUGUUUCUUUUUCUCAAAAUACAUGGCUUGUAGUAAUCGUGAAUGUCCUUUUCGACAUAUUGAUCCCGAAAGUAAAAUCAAGGAUUGUCCAUGGUAUGAUCGUGGAUUCUGUCGGCAUGGCCCUUUUUGUAAACAUCGACAUCGUAGGCGUGUUCUUUGUCCUAACUAUUUGGCUGGCUUUUGUAUGGAUGGUGGGGAUUGCAAAUAUGCACAUCCAUCUUUCAACAUCCCACCUGUGGACACAACUCAAAUUCUUCGAGCACGAGGACAAUAUAAUAUUGGAAUAGUAUGCCACAAUUGUCAUGAAAGAGGCCAUAAGGCGACAUACUGCCCUCAUUUACCUACUCAAACUCAAUUACCAUUGUUAGAUUCAUCGAAAGUGAAUGCACAGAUAUCACAAGAAUUGGUAGCUCUUUCCGAGAAAAAAGCGCUUUCUGAUGUAACCUGCUAUAAGUGCGGCGAAAAGGGUCAUUAUGCAAAUCGAUGUCAUAAAGGACUGUUAGCAUUUCUAUCAAACACGGCAUAUCUUGCUCACGAACAGCGAGAGAAAGAUGAAAAAGAAGCCAGAGGAAACGGGCAGCAGUUUGGAAGUUUGGGGAAGCCUCAGCAAGUUCCACAACCUAAAGUAUCAAAUCCGACUAAUAAAUCUGGUGAAAUGCUUCGCUAA